AUCUAACCAACAUAUAUCAAAUUCAACACUUUGAACAUAUCGCACCUUCAUAUAUGCCAAGUCUGUUUCCACCACCCUUCUUCAUCACAAACUAAUCCAUCGCCCUCUCCCCCCCCCUCUCUCUCUCUCUCUCUCUUUCUCUCUCAAUCUCUCUCUCUCGAUGAAAUCCCAGCCCCCCGAAAAUACCUACGGUUCCAGAAACACAAGCACACAAAAAAUCCCAAAUGUAAUAAUAUUACUAGCCGCCACCCUACUUCUCCUCACCAUCGUUCCUCUCUACUACCCUUUCCGCCCCUCCUCCACACCCUCCCCCCUCUCCAAAACCUCACCGGAAUCCCACAUUCCGACCACCCACUCCGACGUCGAUUCCAUCAAAAUCACCGAACAUGAAAAAUGCGACAUAUUCAGCGGAGAGUGGGUCCCCAAUCCCGAUGCACCUUAUUACACAAACACAACAUGUUGGGCCAUUCACGAACACCAAAACUGCAUGAAAUACGGCCGGCCCGAUGCAGACUUCAUGAAAUGGAGGUGGAAGCCCGACGGCUGCGAUCUUCCCAUAUUUAAUCCUUACCAGUUUCUCGAAAUCGUACGAGGUAAAUCUUUGGCUUUCGUCGGAGAUUCGGUCGGAAGAAAUCAAAUGCAGUCUUUGAUGUGUAUGUUGUCACGGGUUGUGUACCCUGUAGAUGAUUCAUACUCACCAGAUGAAAAUUUCAAACGGUGGAAAUAUGUUGAUUACAAUUUCACCCUCGCCACAUUCUGGUCGCCUUUUCUGGUCAAAGCUGAACAAGCAAAUGCGGAUGGUCCGACUCACACGGGUCUCUUCAAUCUCUAUCUGGAUGAAUUUGAUGAAAAAUGGACGACUGGGAUUCAAGAUUUCGAUUAUGUCAUCAUCAAUGCCGGUCACUGGUUCAGUCGACCGGGAGUAUACUUUGAAAAGCAGAAAAUAAUCGGGUGUCGAUUCUGUCAGGUUGAUAAUGUUACCGAUUAUCCAAUGACUUAUGGAUAUCGUAAAGCCUUCCGAACAGCCUUUAAAGCAAUUAAUAGCUUACAAAAUUUUAAAGGUGUCACAUUUCUAAGAACUUUUGCACCGAUGCAUUUCGAAGGUGGAGAGUGGAAUGCCGGCGGAAAUUGCAAGAGGCAAAAACCGUAUCGGAGCAACGAGGUAAGUUUGGAAGGAUUAAAUUUGGAAUUGUACAUGACACAGCUCGAGGAAUACAAGGCAGCAGAGAAAGUGGCCAGACAAAAUGGGAAAAAAUUCAGGUUGUUAGAUCUGACCCCAGCAAUGUUGUUGAGACCAGAUGGGCAUCCCAGUAGAUAUGGUCAUUGGCCUAAUGAAAAUGUGACAUUGUAUAAUGACUGUGUCCAUUGGUGCUUGCCCGGACCAAUCGAUACAUGGAGCGAUUUCUUGCUUCAGAUGUUUAAAACCGAAAACUGGAGAUCGUUCAGGGAAAAUUUACCACAAAAAGUGGGGAAAGAUAGGAUCAAAUAGACUUUUGUUUCUUGGAAAUAUUCCAUUCUUUUUUAUCACUUGAUUUUUCUUCACCCCCUUAAACCAGAGCCUUGAGGAGGCUCUGUUACAUGAAUUGUGUUGUUGCCUAAAAGUUAUGUAUGGGGGGGCCAAGUAUUACAUAUCCUUGUUGUAUUUAAUACAGAUAUGAGGACAACAUAUAAGGCAUGCUAAGGUCAACAGAAGAAUGUACUAUAUAAACUGUUUGAUCUGUGCUAUAUAAAUGCUGUUGUAAAUUUGUCGAGCUUCACUUCAUAUUUUUUGUAAUUUUUACCCAAAAACAGUUAUGGAUUCAAAUAUUCACCUGUACAAAUUACAAUCAUAUGGUUGGAUCCAAAGGUAAAAGUAUGAUGAUAAAACUUUAAUGCUCUGUUUGGUUGGCCUGAAUGGAAUGAGUUUCGGAGAGAAUGGAAUGGUCCAUUCAGCCCAUCAAAAAAUUUUGUUGUUUGGUUGGGCCAAAAGAAUGGAAUGGUCCAUUCUUUAAAUCAUUCCAUUCUGGACCGGCAGUAUACAACCUAUUCUCGAACAAAACAAAGGGACAGCUCCAUUCCAUUCUCUUCUCUGCUCCCGCACAAAAUCAACAUAUACAAAAACUGUCCAUUGUAUCCAUGUCCGGCGAUUCUCAGCGAGCUUCGAACUCUACCGAAUCUGCAAUCAUCAACGAAUAUGUCUCGUUUUCAUUGAUCUACCAUUCUUAACAUUUUCAAACCUCAAUUUAUCUAAAUAAACAGUUGCUGUGUCGACUCAACUUCGGAUGUAAUCUGAACCUUAUUUUACGGAUUUUACUCUAUUAGAUGAUCUAAUUUGGCGGGUUUGUGCUUAUGGCAGAGAAACCUGAGCCUGUUGAGGAAAAGGAUGCUGAAGGUGGUUCUGUUAACAGAGCCAGAUCUGAACCUGCAUCUUAGACUGAAUGCGGCUUCAUCUUAAAUUUCUGAUAUUGUUCAGAGUGCUUUAUUCCCUGAUGCUGGCUUGGAAAGUGGACUUGGUCAUGCUGGAGAAGUGGGAGGGCUAGUAAUAGUUCGGAAUCUUGACCUCUUCUUGGAGAAUUUUUGUAUUUUAUUUGUAAAUUAUGAAGGAGAAUUAGUAGUGGCCAAAGUUUGGAUUUUUUUUGUAAAUUUUUAAUAUAUAUUAUAGUUGAUUAAGUUGCUACUAAUUUGUGUAAUGAAAUGUGAAGUAUGCUAUUGACAUGAAAUUAAUCCAUUUGUCUAUUUGAUUUAUAAA